UUGAAACAGCCCGGCCUCGGUCAGAUAGAUUAUAAGCGACGUAAAACACUGGAUGAUCUCACUAGCACUGUUGCGUAGAGGCGCUCCUGCGUUUUCGUUUCCCAUCUCUCUGGUUUGAAGCAUAGUCUAUUGGUUUCAGUUUUGUGCCCUGAUAGAACUGUUGGAAAAUGGCUGGCGCAUUGGAUUCGCCGGACAAGAUGUCCCAAGGCAUAUCCACCGGGUUGAAUACGAGAAAAACGUGCAAUAUCUGUGUUCUCGGUGCCGGAUGUAUCGGCUUAUCAUCGGCUAUAGCGCUGGCGGAGAGUGUCGGAUCCUGUAGGAACGCGAGCAGCCGCGUGACCAUCACCGUCCUGGCUGAGAACUUUCACCCGCACACGACUAGCAAUGUGGCAGCCGGCAUCUGGGAGCCUUACGACAUCAAGACGACGCCAGCCGAGCGUGGUGAGCGAUGGUGCAGGGAAACUCUACACUGGAUGCAGCGAGUCUAUCACUCGGACAUGAACGAGGCGGAGAAGAUUGGCAUCCUCUCAUGCCCUCUCACCAGUGUGCAGUGCUCCGCAGACAGUGUGAAAGGACUCGUGCAGCCUGUGGAUGCUCUGGAGAAAUUUGGCUGUGACGUGAGGAGAUUGAGCGACAAUCAGGUUGCGUCAUACGGAAUGGAAGAUCUGCAGUCCGGCUUUCACCUGCAGACAACCAUCGCAGACACUAGUUAUCUCCUGCCAUGGAUGAUGAGAAGAUGCAAACAGCUCGGCGUUGCUUUUGAAAAGCGCAGUGUACAGCGACUGACAGACUUGAGCGGGGAAUUCGACGCAGUGAUCAACUGCUGCGGGCUGCCUCGCUCUUUGUUGACUGACGAUCAGGACGCGUAUCCUAUUGGAGGACAGGUGGUGCGUGUACAUGCACCUUGGGUCACAGAAGCCACGCUCAUGAUCAACAGUGAUGGCAAACUGACCUAUGUAAUACCACAAGUAGACUGCGUCGUCCUGGGAGGAACUUACAAGCGACACGACUGGAAUCUGGAAGAGGACAAAGGUGAGACAGCUGGCAUUCUGCAGCGCUGCUCCAAAGUCAUACCAAGUCUGCGGGACGCAGUCAUACUUCGAGUGGACGUUGGUCUGCGUCCGGCACGCAGCUCUGGUAUUCGCCUGGAAUCUCAACGACUUUUUCAGCCCACCAGUGGACGAGAUCUUUUCGUUGUGCAUAAUUACGGACAUGCUGGCUGCGGCAUCACUGUGCACUAUGGAUGCGCCAAAGAAGCCGCCAGUAUUAUGAUGCAGUGGCUGGGUACCCAGAUUGUUACCAUGGAAAACAACCAUGUGUCAUGAAGCGGCCAAACGACCCCCCCCCACCCCACCCCCUUAAACCAGUACUUUCCCCGUCCAUUGCUACUUGAAAACGUUUCAGCCACGAUCCAAGACAUACAUGCACACGUACAUGAUUGUAGAUAUCAAUAAUGGUCGAGCGCAUGAAAUGGGUUGAGGUCUGAGGUUAUGAUUAUGUAAAAACGUAAUUUUUAUCAGUAAUUCACCAAAAAGUACGUUUUGUUUUGUCAUCAGAGCAAAUUCUCCCUAUGUACAGGUAUAUCGACCGAGAAAGAUGCCUCCAUCAAAGUGUGUGGCUACCAACCAGAGCUAGACAAGAACAUCAAGCGCAUUAGUCUAAACAGGUUGGUAGAUGUCUCGACUUGUGACGCAGCACCACCUGGUGUUCAGCGUUUUUAUAAAAAAAUGUAAUAGCUUAAU